CUGAAAGUCUGAAUUUGAAAGAGCAGGGAAGCUGGGGAAGGUUCAAAGUUAUUUCCCCUGCCAUACAAUUAUCCUCUCCAGAAAGGAUUUAUCUCUCUCAAACUGGAUUUAAUGGACCUUGGACCACGGAAAAAAGACUGAAAAAUAGGCAAAUCUCUCCUGCAGGAUCUUUUUAUUUCAGGAUAUCAACCAGAUGCACACGAUUUACAACUAAUUCAUAGUUCUUCUGAUCAAGUCAUCAGCUGUGUGGGGGGUAUUGGUUUGCUUUCAACAUGGAGUAUUGGAAGGAGCUACUUCUUCUGGGCCUGUUGUGUACGCUGGGGGAAUGUUUUCCUGAGUGUGACCUGGGCUACAGGUCAGAAGGCCGUGACUGUUUUGAUGUGGACGAGUGCAUGGAACCACUAUGUGGCAAUAACACACUCUGCUUCAACACGAAUGGCAGCUUCUACUGCCAGUGCCUGCCGGGCUACAAAGAAAACAACGGGUACGGUGACUUCGCGCUCGGCGGGCAUUGCCAAGAUAUCAACGAGUGCACAGACGGCGAAAAUAUCUGCAGUCAUUCUGCCAAUUGUUCCAACCGGAUUGGGAGCUACGAGUGCACCUGCCAAUUUGGGUACAGCGCCGCUGCCAGCAGCCAAGGACACUGCCAAGACAUUGACGAAUGCAAAGAAGCGGACGAUAAGAAAGAAGACCUCUGUGGAGUGAAAGGGACUUGUCAAAACACUAAUGGGAGUUACUGGUGCAUGUGCUCAAAAGGAUUCACCAAUUAUGGCAACCAAAGGACAACAUGCUCGGAGCUCCACUGUGACAGCUUCAGUGGAGACGGGAGGCCUACACCGUCCCUCGGAGGCCUGGCAGACAUUUUGUUCAUGAUGAGAAAAAGCUGCUUGGCUCUGUCGGACCCGAGCACCGCUGGUGAAGGGAUCGCUGAUGGAGACGUGCUACUGAAGAAACUUUUCAAGGGGACCGAGGCCAUCUUGUCCCCCGGUCCCGUGGCCAGCAGUGAAGACGUGAGCAGACUGCUCGGUGUGGUGGAGGACGCCAUCAUGCUCAUCGGCCCGCGGCUGAAAGACGGCCGCACCAAGACAGUGACCAAUGAGACAGAUGCGGAGAUUGCAGUGCAAAGGGGGACGACUCCCCCCAUUGGACCAAUCCAUCUGACCAAUGCGAAUGCUACACUGGACACUGACUGGACAACAGCAGCUGGGAUGGGAGCCUACCAGGGUUUUGCUUUGGCUGCGUUGUUGAGCUACAAGAACCUCGAGUCAUCUGUGAACCGGUCCUUCGAGAAGCUCACGGGACACGAAAAGGAUGGCGUGAAUCCGUCCUUUCAGAUCUCCUCUAGAGUCGUGUCUGUUGUGGUCUCGAACCCAUCCACUCAGAACCUGAGUCGCCACGUCAACAUCACCCUCAGACAUCUCCAGGACAACGAGGAGUCGGCUCAGCUGAGCUACAUCUGCGCGUACUGGAACGAGAACGGCGCCUGGUCCACAGAUGGUUGCUAUCAGCUGUGCUCCAACGCCACACACACCGUGUGCACAUGUAAACAUCUGAGCAGCUUCGCGGUGCUCAUGGCGCUCUACGACAUGGAGCACACCUUUGGGCUCCAGGUAGUGACUAAGAUCGGGCUGGCCGUCUCCCUCGUGUGCCUCGUACUCUGCAUCCUGACGUUCAAGUUCUGCCGCUCCAUACAUGGAACCCGCACCACCAUCCACCUGCACCUGUGCAUCUGCCUCUUCGUGGCUGACCUCAUCUUUCUAGCCGGCAUCUCACAAACUAAACCUGUGGGCGGCUGCCGGUUCGUUGCCGCGAUGCUCCACUACUUCUUCUUGGGAGUGUUCACCUGGAUGCUGUUAGAAGGGGUGCAGCUGUACCGCAUGGUGGUCCUGGUGUUCAAUGCCAGCAUUCGGCCCCUCUACUUGUUCCUCACGGGUUACGGAGCUCCCCUCCUUAUCGUCGUCAUAUCUGCCAUCAUUCGACCAGAAGGCUACGGCACUGACAAAUACUGCUGGCUGUCUCAAGACGGCCUCAUCUGGAGUUUCUACGGUCCCGUGUGCUUCAUCAUCAUCCUCAAUGUCAUCUUUUUCAUCGUCACCGUCUGGAGGCUGGCCGAGAAGUUCACCAGCCUCAACCCGGACCUCUCCAAACUGCAUAAAAUUAGAGCUUUCACAGUGACAGCCAUCGCCCAGAUGUGCAUACUGGGUCUGAUGUGGGUGUUUGGGGCCUUCCUGUUUCAAGAGGGCACCACAGUGGAAGCAUACAUCUUCACUAUCCUCAACAGCCUGCAGGGGGCGCUGGUGUUCCUCAUGCACUGCCUACUGUCUAAACAGGUGAGAGAUGAGUACGCCCAUUUCCUCUCCUGUGUCUGCACAACACAGAAGAAGAGGUACUCCGACUUCAGCACUACCAAUCCCUCCAGUAGUCAGUCACAAGGUUCUCGGAGUGGGCAGCACACAGGAGAAUCCCAAAUAUGAAGCGCUCUAUCAUUGAUUGUAACCCGAAGACCGACUGUCACGAUUUGAACUUAUCCGGUUAACUUAGCCCUGAUUUUAAAGGUUUAAGACUCAAAUGAAAAAUUCUGUCUUUAUUUUCUUACAUGAUGUAAAUUGAAACCAUUUCAGUUUUGUUUGUAUCACUAUACCAACUGCUUAAUGGUACCGGUACUCAGGGCCCCCAACAGGUCACAAGUUAAAUCUGAGGUGUUAAUAAGACUUUUUUUACAAUCCCAAAAAAACACCAGUAGCACCGCCUGCUUAUCAAUUGCAUUGUGGGUCAGAAAGUCUGCAAUUUAGUGCUCAGUUUUGCUGUAAAUGGUGGAUCAAGUUGUAUUGAUGACGACUGAAUUAGUUAUUUAGUGUCAUUAUUGUCACGGCUGGAUGUAGAAGUGUUUAUUCAGAAAGUGAAAGAUAUUUCAGUAUUUUAUCGGUUCAUCAAAAACAUAUCAUAAUCCUAAUAUAAGCUGUGUUGCCUUUCAAAGGCUUAAAAGUGAACACGCACACUGACAUAAACUAUUUAAUUUCAAGAGACUAUAACGUCUACAUUAUGUAGGCUACAAGAAAAUUUGAGUGUUUUUAAGCUUAAAGCAUGAGCAAACAGUUUGUGCUGUAUUUUGUAUAAAUGUGUUAUGGUGAAAAUAAGGGUGGGUUUGUUUUUUGUUUAUUGAGUCUUCACAGAAAAACAAAUUCCAUGUACUGUAUUUGGGAAAUAAUGAUUAUGCCCCAUGGAGUGCCUCUGAAGUUGCCUUCAUGGUCCUGCAAAUCCGACAGGUGCUGCAAGGAUUUGAUGUUCGUGAUCUUUAACAAAAUAAGUGAUAUUUUUUCAUCACUUGUGGCUAUUUGUCAGAUAAUAUUUUCUUGCAAUCGAUUUGCAAUUGAGCUGUGCCUUUUGUCACCGGUGUUUGUGAGGACACAUCUUUUUUAUUUUCAUCAGAAAACAAAUCCAUCACCAAAUAGCUGCUUUGGAAAUUCACAAAAACAGACCCACCCUUCUGAUAAGCCUGCAGCUUCCUGCAAUCACACUGUGUUUAUGUAAUACAAUUCCAUGUUGUUGUCAUGUUUUCUUAUUACAGCUGUUUGACAAUGUCUCCACACAUUGUUAGUGACUGUAAAUUAUCGCAUCCCUGAACUUCAACCGUUUUGAUGAAGUCUAAUGGGAGUUGUACAGACCGCGGUUUGUUUAUGUUAUUGCACUUUUCCAUUGUAAACAAUGAUAACCCAGCACAUCUUCACUCACAUGGUGCAACAAUCAACUUGAGAGCCAGUCUCACUCACAGAACCUGAAUAGUUUACUUGUUCAAAGCUAUCAGUCAUAUAUUUUGAUAUUUUCUAUUUUUAUGUGCCGGUGUUGUCCCUGCACCUUUUGUUUGUAUUUUAAUUACUUCUCCCUUUCUCAUCUACGAGCCUGAUUCAGACCAUAUAUGUGUUGGUUUAACAACUAAACUGUUCUCAGGUGGGGCUGCCCUCUUUUUGUGUCCAGCGAUAACUUUGAUCCAUGCAUUGCAAAAUGUAUUUCUAUGAAGAAAAAGCUAUACGUACAUUAUGCAGCAUUUUGUGAAUGUAAGACUCUUAUUUUUUAGAUAUCCUAGGUGUUCUAGUUCGAAGGUGUAUGAACUUAUUUUUCUACUUUGUUUUGUUUUAUGUCGUUUGGUACUAUUUCCUUUCAAGAAUAUGCACCACAAUCUUUAAUAAAGCUUUUAGAUCAUCUGCAAAAAACUGUAGAGUGGUUUAUUAGCAUUAGUCCACAACUGAUAGAUAUAUAUACAGACAGAAAGACAUGACAGACACACAGACAGAUAUUUCAAUGUAGACCAAUGAAAAUGAGUCAAUGAGUCACACUGUGUACCCUUCAGAAUAAAAGACUAACAUUU